AUGGUGAACAUCGAGCUGCGCCGACAGGUCAUCAAUGUCUACAAAGGUAGAGAGUACCCCCUGGGUUACCAGUAUUUCCGGGAUCGGCUACACCGCGCGUUUGCGAGCCAAAGCCAGAUUACCGACGAUGAACAGAUUCGCAAGGGAAUAGCAAGGGCGGAGUUUGUGAAGAAAGAAGUGGAAGCGCUGUAA